AACACACUAUUGGAAUAACAUAAAACAUUUUAGGAUUUUUCGCGAAAAUUCAGUGAAAUUAAUUGCGCCAAUAAUAAAACGAAACGAAAACGUUCAAAAUAACUUUUUGUUUAAUUUGAUAAUUAAGUGUGCAAAACGUUACAAUAACUCUUUAUGAUUACGGUGCUUAAUUAACCGAAAUAAUAACGCAUACAUAUAGAGACAAAAUAUUAAUAAAACCUUAAUACGCCUAUUAAUUCAUAUUCAGUUUGAAUUCAAAUUUCGUGUGAGUUAUAACGGUUUAUUCGAAGUAUAUAUGCUAUAAAAUGCAACAACAUUGGCUAAUGUUAAUACUAUUGGUGGUUACACGGUCGUUGAGUGCGCAUGCCAAUAGAUUACCAUUAAAUAAGGAUUUUGUGACGUCAUUGCUGGCAAAAGGGGAUGCUGCCGCCGUACGUCGUCAGAUAGGCAAAAAUAAUUUGAACUUUGAUAAUAUUGUAACAAUUCAAACGCCAUCAAGUGCAGUUCAAGAUUGGAGUUUGGUGUGUCAACAGCUCUGCGGAGCUGCUUUAGGUGGCGCCGUAUGCGCUCCCUACUGUAAAAAUUUGCCAUUUUUACCCUUUAAAGUGCAACUUGAAAAUGCCGAAGAAAUCAUGGAUACGAAAAAAGAUUUAAUAUGCCCCGAAUUAUGUGGUCUACAAUUAGGUGAUGAUGUUUGUACCUGUAAAAAUUAUAACACUUACGGUGAUUUCGACGCCUACAUGAAAGCCGAAGAACAAACUAAUGUUUGCGCCAUAAUCUGUGAUUAUAAUAGUGUCACACUGACCGGUUGUACACCAUGUAACAGGGAUAAGAAUAACGAAUACAUGAUUUUGGAAAAUGUUAAUAAUUUGAACCAAAAACAACAACGACGACAACAAGUUGUACCAUUUGGAGCAAUGGACACCACAACUCCAACGACACCCGAUUGGAAUCAACUUUGCGCUUCAUUGUGUAAAACUGGAGAUGGCGGGUCAUUGUGCAAUUGUGAUUUAUCGCCAUUUUAUAUAUAAACGUUUGAGAAACAAUGUUUUCAAUAACUUGUUUUUUUUUUUUGUUGACGUUUUUUAAAGGCGAUAAAUUUGAAUUUUUUCUUUGAAAAAAAUUAAAACAAGUCUUUUUUCCUAGAAAUGGACUUUAAACUUUUAUGUUUUCUUUUAUUAUAUAUUUUUAUUAUUAAUUUUAUUUGUUGUAAUUUUUAUCAUUUGUUUUCAAAACUAAAAGCUGUUUAAUGUUCAAUUAAAACAAAAAAAGAGAAAACUACGAAAGAAAGAAGUUACAAAUAAAAAAAACUAAUCCCUAUGCGCAUCAAUUAAUUUGUAAUUAAUUUGAAAUACAAAAAAAAAUCAAAACUAAUAAACAAAAUGUUAAACUUAAUGAAACGCAUUAACAAAACAAAAUUAAAAAAAAACUAACUAACAAAAUACAAAACACAAUUACACUAACAAACAAACUAUAGAUAAAUUAUAGACAUACAAACUAACAUUAUAAAUUAUUAGACAAAAAAACAUCUGUAAGGAAAAUAAAACAAAAUCCUUAUUUUUAUUAAGGAUUUGAGGUUAGAAUUGAGUCAAUAACUAAACAAUUACAUUUUCAGUUAAAUAAUUAUUUAAGUUUUUGUUUUCUUUUUUUCUUAAAAAAAAGAAAAACUACAGCAAAAUCACUAAAGGGCUUCCAGGUGAAAUAGUUUGAAUAGAUUCUAUAGCUCCGUAAGCCCCCAAAAAGGGUUUUAGAGAGUUGAUAGAAUGGCUA